AUGAGUCAGCUUAUUUUGGUGAAGUAUCCACGCUAUCAGAUGCUGGAGUUUUAUCCUGUCUUGCUUUUACUUCUUCGCACGGCAACUGGUGACGCACAAACCGGAAGUUGUAAAGAUUUGUUACAGGGUUAUCUAACAGGACAAUUGUCGUCUGCUUUAGGAGUAUAUCAGGUUGAAGCUUUAAGGCGGGAAUUCAAAAGCUUCACUGACAUUAUUGAGAAAUCUAUGAAAAAGUUUAAAGAGGAAGUAAAUGCAAGCAUGCAGGAUGAUGGCAGAGGAAACAAAAACAUAGUAUACACAAGAUGGGGAAAGAAAAUUUGUCCUUACAACGCAAAACUUGUUUAUUCUGGAUUCACUGGAGGAUCUCAUUAUACCCAUAAAGGAGCGGCUGUAGAUCCCCUUUGUUUACCGAGGGACCCCGAGUGGGGGACAUACGUGAACGGAAACAAUGACGGCAGGGCUUAUGUUUAUGGAGCAGAGUACGAAGUGUAUUCCUUCCCGGGUCGCUUAACUUCACUUAAUCAUCAAGACAUUCCCUGUGCAGUUUGCCUUGUUCAAAACAGAUCUGUUGUAGAAAUGUUUCCAGCAAGAAGAACCUGCUACAAAGGAUGGACACUCGAGUACCAGGGCUACCUAAUGGCUGGGUAUCGUGAUCACGCAGCUGGUACUACAUACAAUUGUGUUGACGAGAAUCCAGACACCCUGCAUGGCGGAAAAGCAACUACCCAUGGCUACCUACUCUACUUGGUAGAGGGACGAUGUGGUUCAUUGAAAUGUCCACCUUAUGUCGAGGGAAGAGAAAUUGUGUGUGCUGUUUGUUCAAAAAAAUAA